AGUCUUGAAGAUUUAGUGUUUUGUCUCCACAUACAUGCAUUACACAGCCCCUCUUUUUCCACAUUUUCCUUUUGCUCGCUGUUCUCAUUCAGAUCCACGGGACCAGCAACAAUCAGCAUAAACAGGGGAUGAUUCUGCUGUUUAAAAUGGUCCCAAAGCAUAGUGCUGUGCUCCUACAUACAGGAAGGCUGUGAUGGAAAGGAGAAUGGUGGUUACCAGGAGCAAUGGCUCAGUGAUCCAUCAUUCAUUCAGUGUUGGCAGUGAUUUGAUAGAACACAACUGCUAUGAAUAAUGAGAAUCAACUGAGUCUAAUCAACUGUGCUCAAGCCCCAGAGAAGGAAGGUUCACCAGCCAUAGGAACCAUCACUGUGGUGUGACUGAUGGGGGCCUAGCCUUGGCUGCAUUCAUGAAGAAUGGACUGUGUCAUCAGAAUGAUGCAUAGAUCCUGCCAGAAGACGGCUGCCAGGUACUAUAGAUAUCCUGAGAGCAAUAAUUUGGUCCCAAGGGCUUCUCUACCACCAUUGCCCAGGACAUGUGCAAGAAUCUCUCACCAUUGUGACAUGGGCAAACCAAGAAUUUCAGAUGAGUUAACAACCAUGAGCAACCCUUGAUCAAGGAAGCAUAUGAACUGAAGGAUGAAUAUUCCUCUCUUCUAUCCCUUAGGUAAUGCUCAGGUUUUCUUGCAUGAAGUACCAAGUCUCUUCCUGUCCUCUUCCUUCCUCCAGGGGAGUCAGAUGCUUUGGAGAGAGAUAAACACUAUAUGUGAAGACUGGUGAAUGGGAACAUUGAUUUCUGAAGUGGCCUGGAGAGGACAAAUGCUUGGUGUUUUCCUAAGAUGCUGUUGAAGUAGUCUUUGCCACUGCUUUCCUUCACUUAGUCAAAGCUCUUCAUAACAUGGGCUGCAUGAAAUCAAAGCAAACUUUCCCAUUUUCCACCACAAUUGAGAGUGAGAAGAGGCCUGCAAGUCAAGAAAGCUUUAUGCCUGAAGAGAGAUUUCUACCCAGGAUACCUUCUCUAGUUAACAUCAAAGAGGAAGUGAAAGAACCCCCAGGGCCUGAAAUUGUGGUGUCCGAAUUUGCACACCGCCUGUCCCAGGAAAUCCUGACUGAUGCCUUGCAGCAGUGGGCAGGCAACAACAUCAAGUACUAUGACAUCCCGUAUAUUGAGAGUGAUGGGCCUUGAUGCUGCAUGGAGGAGGAUGACACUUCCUUGAAUUGUGGAUAAAGUUGGUGCUAGUUUAAAUACACAAAACAAUAGCAAAAACUGGUGUGAAUAAAUACAAAUAACUCCAUCUGGUAUUAAAAAAAAAAUCUAUGAUAGCAUCAAGAGUCUAAGAAUACCUAAAAUGAAAAGUGGUUUUAAACAGUUCUAUGUUCAUUUCUGUCUGCUUGAUCUUAGAUUUUAGUCAUUAAAGGGCUAAAUGUAAGUUCUGUGGCACCAAAGGACUCAGCUAUAUAUCACACCACUUUCUUCCAUAGGCAGUAAUGCCAUAACCAAAGAAAUAAGAAUUUUAAAGGUACCCCAGGUUUCCAAAUGGUUAUUUUAAAGACAUUCCUAUAAAAUAGCUAUUUGUCAACCUACAAAAACCCACAAGGCAUGAAAGGAUUUUCCUUGAAAUGCCAGGCAAGAGAAUGCCACUCAAGCCAUAAUGGUUAACAGAAGGUCUUGUUUGUCAAAAUCUUUUCAGUCAAGGAUCCCUACUUCAUAACACAAUGACCAAGCAUUAGAAAGCAAUCCAUGCAGAAAAGGUCUACCACGAACCCUGUCCUUAAUGAGAUAUUUACUUUUGUAGAUGAAAAUGAUAACUAUCAGCUUGAACCUCAGGACCCUAAUUAAUCACAACUGUUACUGGAUGACUCAGACUCUGCCUGUAAGCAUCUUAACAAGAUACAAUUUACGAAGUCAUGACAAUGUUUAUUGCACUGAAUUAGGUAGCCCAGUGAUAUUACUAUACAAGAAAACAAGCAUGGGUAGCUUUUAUAAACAGCAACCCAGUAAACUGUAAAAUAAUAGAAGCCCUAGUUGGCAGGUGGAAGGAAGAACCUGGUCUCAGGGCUGUAUUUGUGUUAAGCUUUACUGUCUCACAGAUGCAAGGGGCUGGCACAUGGGCAGUCACCAAAUUACUAUGGGACCAGAUUAUGCAUGAGAAUUUACAGUUGUCUUUAUAAAAGAUUAAUUACUCCUCCAAAGGUUAUACUCAUGUAUAUUUUUAAUGGUAACAACACCAAAGGGCAUUUAUAGCCAUACAUUAUACUAUUUUCAUAAAUUUAGCUACCUUUUUUGGAAGCUCCCCUUUUUUUAAAAAAUUAAGUACUAUUUAAGAUCAGUGAUGGGAGUUCCCAUCGUUGUGCAGUGGAAACGAGUCUGACUAGGAACCAUGAGGUUUUGGAUUCGAUCCCUGGGCCUUGCUCAGUGGCUUAAGGAUCUGGCAUUGCCGUGAGCUGUGAUGUAGGUUGCAGAUGCAGCUCGGAUCCUGCGUGGCUGUGGUGUAGGCCGGCAGCUGUGGUUCUGAUUCGACCCCUAGCCUGGGAACCUCCAUAUGCCACAGGAGCGGCCCUAAAAAGACAAAAGACCAAAAAAAAAAAAAAAAAAUCAUUGGUAACAUAAAAUCCAGAAGCGGGGAAGAAAAUAUUGAGAAGAUGUAACUUAAAAGAAAUUCAUCUUUUCAUCAAGAUUUGCUACACAGUGAGUUUAAUUGGAAAGGGAAUUAUUUACGCCCAUGGGCAUUAUUAAAUCCUUUUAUUAAGAUAAAUUACAAAAGACCCUUGUCAUUGAAAUCUAAAGAAAGGCAGAAAAAGGCUUGUGACCUCUAAUGACAUAACUGCAUAUUUGACCUUAUAAGCAGGUAGAACUACUACCUCUAAUUUUAGCAAUUGUACUCUGAAACCCACAAUCAAAUAGUGAAUUCUCCAAGGUAAAUGAGCAAAAAAAGUUCUUUGAAGUGAGUGAUGUGCUAUCUUUCACAGUUGCCUUUGGACAACUGGUCAUUUAACUUUUACUUCACCAAGUCCCAGGACAUGUAAUGUCCUGUUGUACCUAUAAUCUAGCAACUUUACAAAACAUAAAAAUCAUCACCCUUAUUUAUACAAGGAUCUGAAGUUGAAAGGCUAAGAAUAGAAAGUUUCCCAAAAGUGCAAAACAUAUUUUCAGCCCAUGAAGAAAAAUUUAGGUUUACAACUUGUUUUUAUACUAACGAGUCAGACAUGACAUCUAUGUUGCCAUUUUUCAUUCAUUUUAAAUCUUACAUUUAUAUCUAUUUUGGUUGCAAGGUCACUGCUGUUUAAGAGAUAUAAUUGUGCAUGGGAGAUAGUACAUAUUAUGAUGAGAACACAAAGCCAUAUGAAAGCAGCACAUGACACUAAAUUUUUCAGCAUACAUAGGGACAUGGACUAGUAGGUAUAGAUUAACCUCAGGUUCCUCCUUUGCCCUGGACCUCUAUUUCCUAGGGGUCUAAUAUAGGGAUGCCUGCCAGAUCCAUAGCUAGCUACAAGUCUAAUCUCUGCUGCCACCCUGAUACUAUGGCAGUAUGGCUUUGUUGCCAAGCACCACCCUCUCACCCCCAACUCAUUUUAACAAGAGUAUAAUAUCUUGUAACUUACAGAGACUUACUUGGAAAUACAUGCCAAAUUAUAUGUCAAACCAUGGACAAGGAACUAGAAAGGCUUGCAUAAUCAGUGAGUUAGCGGAUAAACCAAAUCAGAAAAGGAAAGGGAGUUGGAUAAACACAUGCACUGUGUAUGAUUAUUAUCAAGAUAUAGUUUAGCCUUGAUGACAAGAUCAAUGAAAACAUCUUUAAUAGGAUAACAACUUUUUUUUUGCAUACCUUCAUAUUUAAAUACUGGAUUUACUUCAUUCUGAAGGUCUUUCAUGAACAAGUAGAAAGGCUGUUGAAGCAGGAAAAAAUAGAAGACCGAAUAAUUAGCUACUGCAAAGAGAAACAUUUGUUCCAACUUAGCUCACAAAUACAGAAGAAGUCAGAACAGUAGCCAAAUUAUAAGGGAAAGGAAAGUGGGAAAAAGAAGGCGAGAGAAACAACACUCACACGUCAGGCUCCAAAAGCAAGCUUCCAGUGUUUUCAUCUGAAGUCAAGGACACAACUUGUUCCAUGUUUUACCACCACUCUGACACGUGCCCAACCACUGAAUCUUUUCCCUCAAGAACAUCCCAUAGAGGGGCAGAGGAGCUCCACCAGCGUGACAAAGAAACUGUAGAGGGCAACUGUGGAAGCAGCAGUUUACCAUUCUCAUUUACCAAACCCCCCAUAAUCCCACAGAUGUGCUUCACUACUCCUCCCUAGUUCAGCAUCUCGAGUGCUAUUUAUUACCUUUCAGUCACAGGCCUUUGAUGCAGGAGUUCUCCACUUUCCAUUGCCUUAUCCCUUCUUUGCAAACUACCUACGGUUAUUAGCACUUAAAGCACAAUUUUGAAGCGGAUUAAAAUGACCUUAGUCCCAAAGGAAUAAUUUGUGUCAAACUGCCUUAUGAGCAUUAAAAAGAGACAUGUUGAAUGAAAGAAAUAGCAAGACACUCAUAAGCCCUAACUCAGAUCCACUGGCAUUUUAUGAGAUGGGGGAACUAUACUUUUUGUAAUUAUAUAGUUUUAGAAAUCGAAAGAGACGGAUUACAAAUUACAUCAAGUAACAGUAAUAUGGAAACAAAGUUCUAACGGAUAAAUUGUGUGCUUAACCAUAAUGCCCUCAUCUUGUAUCUGUGUGACCAAACCAGACAGGUCUUCCUUGGAAAAGUGGGGACGAACUCAGAUGUACUCCCUACAUCUUUACUAAAGUCAAGGUUUGUUAGCAAAUUCUCUUCACUGUAAGGCUUACUUAUGAAAUGGUAUAUUUUUUCCCAAAUAUUUUUGUGACACCAUCUUUCCUAACUGUACAAUAAAAGUCUAGUUGCAGUCAACUA